AUGACGUCCCUCACAACAUUGUGGCUAAGCAAGAACCAGCUGAGGUCACUUCCGUUGGAAGCCAUUAACCGACUUCAUUCACUUGUAGAUCUCAGAAAUAUACACACAAAAAUAUCUAUCUAUCUAUCUAUCUAUCUAUCUAUCUAUCUAUCUAUCUCAGUCUGUCCAUUAUCUAUCUAUCUAUUUCACUCUAUUCAUAUCUAUCUAUCUAUCUAUCUAUCUAUCUAUCUAUCUAUCUCAUUCUUUAAAUAUCUCUUGCCCUCGUCUGUCAGUCUGUCUAUCUCUCUCUCUCUUAGUUUUCUCAUGUAUCUCGUCCUCAUCUAUCUAUCUAUCUAUCUAUCUAUCUAUCUAUCUAUUUCACUCUAUUCAUAUCUAUCUAUCUAUCUAUCUAUCUAUCUAUCUAUCUAUCUAUCUAUCUCAGUCUGUCCAUUAUCUAUCUAUCUAUUUCACUCUAUGCAUAUCUAUCUAUCUAUCUAUCUAUCUAUCUAUCUAUCUAUCUAUCUAUCUAUCUUAGUCUUCUCAUCUAUCUAUCUAUCUAUCUAUCUAUCUAUCUAUCUAUCUAUCUAUCUCAGUCUUUAA